CCCACCCACAGAAGCAAACUAAUCCGUUACGAUUGUCCCAUUGGGGUGAUUUUUGGGUGUGGCCCAUCCAGCAUUGGAAUCAUCAGAUCAACAGUGUGGAUCACCAAAUGUCAGGGCCCAUCCUCAGGUCGUGUAUCAUGUAGUUCCUUGCCAAGAUGUUUUUCUGAUGAAAGCUAGUUAAUUCCAUGGAUUGUUUAAAUAUUUUAAGUUUUUCAAUUGUCUCCUUACUUUCAAAGCUAUUUUAAUUCUACACAGGUUUAUAUGUUUAAUUCCAUGCAUUGUUUAAAUAUUUUAAGUCUAUUUCAUUGUCUCCUUACUUUCAAAGCUAUUUUAAUUCCACACAGGUUUAAAUGUUUUAAGUUUUAGUUUCAGCAUGGAGAUCUGUAUAGGAAGAAAUGAGAGCGAUUUUCAGUUGUUUGAUGAAUGGCUGAGGCAAGGAAGAACUAUGCUGAAGAAGAGGAGGAGGUGAAGCUGUUAGAGAAGUCUGUGGAAGAGCUAGAAUAUCCCAUAAAUGUAUUGGAAAACAAGGGGGAGCUUGUCAAAGGAGAGGUUGAAAGGCAACGGUUGCAGAGAGAGGAGCUAAAAGGGGACCCUACUGAAACAGUUCAUGUGGAAGGCUAUGUGGCAGUUCAUGUGCAUUUGUAUUUUGUUUUGAAGACUUUAAAUAGACCAUUAAUUGUUUUGUUGAUAUUGUGCUGAUUGUUGUCUUGAUGAAUGUUAAAUGGGUGAAAUAUGCACAGGUUCAAUCAUUUGUUAA